CUGCAAUAUUUCCCAAACAGUUUUUGUAACGUAAAGGAGUUGAGUUUCAAAGAAGAUAGACUGUAAAUUUGAUUGUAUUUAUAGAAAAAAUGAGCUCUGGAAGGGGAAAACCAGGGAAGAGAAAGGCUGCAGCUUCAAAGGCUCCUGCAGCAACUAAGAAACCGCGGAAGCCUCGAGGAAUGGUCGAACUUCCCGAAGGAAUCGUCUUGACAGAUUUGACCAAGAAAAAGUGGCGCCUCGGAAGGUUGAUUGGCUGGGGCGGUUUUGGAGCCCUCUAUUUAGCUUCUCCAGAUAGUGGGUCACCAGUUCACGAAAAUGCUGAACAUGUUGUCAAAGUGGAACCUCACACCAAUGGACCUCUAUUUACAGAACUUGCGUUUUACCAGCGUGUAGCGAAGCCAGAUCUGAUUAACAGCUGGUGUAAGUCACGUCGCCUAAAGCAUCUUGGUGUUCCCAUGUUCUUGGGAUCUGGAUCAUUUGAUCAUGGCUCCACUAAGCUGCGUUUUUUAGUUUUGGAGCGCUUUGGGAAAGAUGUGGAUGAGCUCUUUAUCAGCAACGGCCGUAGAUUUGAUAUAACAACAGUCCUCAUGCUUGGCCUUAGAGUUGUUGAUGCUCUGGAGUACAUUCAUUGUCAUGAGUACACUCAUGGUGACAUCAAAGGAUCUAACCUUAUGAUGGGAUUCUCCAAAUCUAAAUCUGGUCAAGUGUAUCUGUUAGACUAUGGCCUUGUAUAUCGGUUUAAUCCUGAAGGGAAUCAUAAAGAAUACAAAGAGGAUCCAAAGAGAAAACAUGAUGGUACAGCAGAAUUCACCAGCAGAGAUGCACACAAUGGUGUAGUUACCUCUCGGCGUAGUGACUUGGAGAUUUUGGGUUAUGUGAUGCUCCAGUGGUUGUGCAAUAGACUUCCCUGGGAAAACAAUCUUGAGGAUAAGGAAUAUGUCAAGAAUGAAAAGAUAAGGUAUAUGAGUGACAUUCCAAAACUGAUGAGGGACUGUUUUCAUGGAAAUCACCCUGCUGAAAUCCAAAAGUAUCUAGAAUACAUCAACACCUUGAAAUACCAACAAGAGCCAGACUAUGAAUUCAUUCGUAAAUUGUUCAAAGAUGGUCUUAAAAAGAGAGGAGGCACUGAUGAUGGCAAGAAUAUCAAGUUCACAACAGGAAAAGUGAGUUCACCCUCCUCUUCAGUCACGGCAACUGAGUUGUGCAAUGGCCACAGCUCACAAGAAAAGGAGACCAGGGACAAAGCCGCACCACAAAGACCAGCAGCAAAGAAGCGGAAAUCAGAGGAGUGUCAAGAUGGUCUGUCACCUAAAAAGAAAUCAAGAGCAAGCCCAAUAAAAACAACAGCUACAGUCAAGAGAACAACUGGUGCAAAAAAACCAGCUGCCACCAAACCACAAACUACAGGAAGAAGAAAAAAACUAGUUAUAGUUGAUACAGCAACUUCACUUUAAUUAAGACUUUUAAGGUUACUAUUAUUGCUUUAAUAUAGUUCCCUUUAGUUUUACCUCUUUUGGUAAAACAUGUUCAUCGUUCUAGGAAGUGAUAUGUAACUAUUUGUUCAUUUUUCUAAAGUGUGUUGUUCCAGAAAACAUCCAUACCUCCCACCCCUCUGGAAAUUCCAAUGAAGCUUUAUGCACUUCUUUAAAUUUUUUAUUCUUACAAAAACCCACCCCAACCACCCUCCAGGAAAUUCCAAUCCCUUCUGUGGAGGGAGCAUGGAUAUUUUCUGGAACUGCACAAAACGAAUAAAAUAAAUAGAAAGGAAAGGUCAAAAUUACAGUAACAAACCCAUGUAAAGUAAUGGAAUGUACACUGUAUUGGCAGAAAAACACUCUUAUAUGCAGCCUUGAUUUUCCUAUAUACCGCAAAGGGGCAAAGAAAACCAAUUUUCAGGCAGCAAAAAUGAUUCACUUGACUAGAAGUUUGAAAGUCAUCCUCACUAGCCCUAAAAAAAUUUAAUCUCUUACAGUACUUCUGUAAUUUGAAUUUUCUCAACAAUUUUGUCAAGAAACUUUGGAUUUUGCCAGUGGAUUUUGUCCUUCACUUGUCUGUCAGGGAAGUGACAGACAGAUUCCACUAGUCCUGGGCUAUCGGACACUAUUUUUUUGCAUGCUGUGAACAAUUAUUGAAUGAGGUUUUGGUGAUAUCCAGAAUAAUCAAGGUCAAGGUAGGGGUUAUCAGCCAAAGGCGAAGGCUGAGGCUGAUA